ACUUCUCAACUUAUCCUUGGACCCAAAACAAGUUACGCGUGAGUGUGUAAACGUUACUAAGGAAUGGACAGUACUACUAACCACGGAUCACUGUCUCUCCAAACGUAAAAUAAAACACGCAUCUUUGUCUUGGAAUGAGCUGUAGCUGGUAUUUUUUAUUCUUUCGUUUUUUCUUCUUUGGAGUUCAACGUAAAGGCCGGCACAGGGGAGAUAUUUAUAGUUCCGUACAGUCCCUGAACAGACUGUGUGCUACCGUGUUGGUCAGGAUGGCCCUUCUACCAAUACUGGUUCUAGGGCUCAUGGCCAGUCUGGUGCGCGCUCCACCCUUCCCGGGAAGGCUGAACGGCACGUUGGAACGACACUGGGAGACCCUUUACUCGCGCUCUUUGGCUCGUAUCCCCGGAGAGAAGCGUGAGAUUAACCGGGACAGCGACUAUCUUAUGGGCAUUAAACGGCUACGUCGCCUUUACUGCAACGUGGGCAUUGGGUUUCAUAUUCAAGUGCUACCAGAUGGAAAGAUAACUGGAGUGCACAAUGAAAAUCGAUACAGCCUGCUCGAGAUAUCCCCGGUUGAGAGGGGAAUCGUGACUCUGUUCGGGGUCCGGGGCGGUCUGUUCGUGGCCAUGAACAGCAAAGGGAAGCUAUACGGAUCCGUAAGUGUUCAUUACAGCAACGAGUGCAAGUUUAAAGAGAAACUCUUGGCGAAUAAUUACAACGCCUAUGAGUCGGUGGCGUACCCGGGGAUGUACAUCGGACUGAGCAAGACCGGUAAAACAAAAAGAGGAAACCGAGUAUCACCGGCCAUGACGGUGACGCAUUUCUUGCCAAGAAUCUGAGCCACUCCGAAAUAGACUGAAGCUAAGCACGGAGGGGGCAAGAGGGGGACUCCAAACGAUGCACUUUUAAAAGGAGUUUUAUGCAAGAGAAUUGACUAAGUGUAUCCUACUUUAAUUAUACGUUUCAAGUUUGUAAAUAUCAGAUUAUUUAUAAGUUAACACAUUUUUGUACUUCGGGGGAAACACCCUCGCUUCAGGGGGAAUGAAAGUUUUCCACUUUAAUUUCUUUUUCUUUUUUUAUGAUACGUUUGCUGCUAUUAAGUGACAAAAUAUGAGAGUUUGUUUGAAGGAUCGGUUGCUUAUCUUCGCUCCGUGAUUAUCCAGCCCCGGGGCUUAAGUACACCUUUAUUUUCUUAUCCCUUUUCUCUUAGGCCUAUUCGGAAAGAACUUUAAUUCUUAAUUUAAGGCCAAAAGUUCUAACAAAUGAGACCCGCGUGUCAGGUCACUGGUGUUAGGAGGAGCGGGAGUGAUGGUCCAAUGCCGGGCUCCUUUGUGCAGUGUGGGAGCCUAAUUGAAGCAGGAUCGUCUUACUGCUGGUUAGAGAGAGCUGAGCUGAAGACCCGCUGUCUGUUUAUAGCCCUGCCAGGGAGGCGAACUCUGAACUUUCCUGCCGUCAAUCUCAGUCAGACCUAUAGAGAGGCAUCCACCUUAGUUCAAACAAGCAGAGAAUCCGAGGGUUUAAACGAUGAGGCAUGCCUCUAACACAAAAUACAGUCAUGAUUUUAAAACAGACAUGAAUACAUAGGGUAUUCAUAUACAAUAAAAUUAAUACACAAUAAGAAAGUCUCACACACGAUUUCUCAUACUAACAAAAAUGCUCUAAAACAAACACUAUAACGCACACAAGCUGCAUGCACACACACACACACACACACUUGCAGGCUUAGAUUCUAAAACACUCCCUUCCAGGCAGCAUCCCAACACCAGGGAUCCUCGGUUGUUUGACAGAGAAGUGUCAGUUCAGUGUCAGAGCUGCCUAGACUAAGCCAUGACAUAAUAUCACAGUACAGACUCCCCUCCUCAUCUGUCUGUUUUUUGUCAGGUAUCUGUUGACUGCUUUCCUUGUCUGUUGGCCUGCCUGCCCAUCUGUCUGUCUCUGAUUAUUGGUCUGUUGGCCCACAUACCUGUCUGUAUUUCUGUCUGUAUUUCUGUCUGUAUUUCUGUCUGUCUGUCUGUCUGUCUGUCUGUCUGUCUGUCUGUCUGUCUGUCUGUCUGUCUGUUUGUCUGUCUUUCUUCCUCUACAGACAGCUUGUAGUCCCUGCAGCUACUUGGUCCUGCUUGCUCCUUGUCACGUUUAAGCUAUCUUUACCCUGUGAUAUACUUUUAGAAAGGAUAAGCAUGGGAGAAAUAUUUACAGACAGCUGUUAGACUACACUAUGCUGGCCCAGUAACCCAAUAUAUUUUUCUUUAUAAAUUUUGUAAAUAUAACCCCUGGUGACUGCUGGCACUCAGAAAGGCUCCUUCUACUCUUAACUCAGAAGAACAGACCUGGGGGGACAUAUCGAUUCCAUUGAUACACCAGCAAGGUAUACUGAGGCAAGGUCUAGACGGCUGGGCCAUAAGGAAGAGCAUAGUGAAGACUGUCAGGUGUGGUGCAGUUGUCUGAACACUUUGUCUCUGAUUCUGUCCCUCUUCUCUGUUUCAACAUUCCACAAAGCACUGCAGUUCUCAAUGUACAGUCACAUUCUGUAACCAACUCGACUAAAGGGCUCACUGGUCCAAAAACACUCAAUAUGACAGUACCAUCUUGUCCUUAUCACAAAUAUAAGGAUCUCUCAGACAGAGCUGAGCAUGCUGAGAUGCUGCACAGCAGACUCCUAACUCCGCCCCAAUGCCUUACCAGACUCCUAGAUCCGCCCCUUCAGCUUCUCAGUCUCCUAACCCUGCCCAUUUUACCUGCCAGCUGCCUUGUUCCACCCCUGUUCCUCAGCUGGGCUCAUUUGCAUAGCCAACAAAUCUGUUUACAGAAGCCUUAACAGCCACGGGCACACCUCCCUGAACUCACCACUGACCAGCCACCACCCUUUAAUACCUCCAGCUAUCCACCUCUUCAUCCCUCCAUCCAUCCACAUCUUUGUGCAUCCACCCUUCCCACCACUCCACCCCUCCUGUCCUCCCCUGCUCAUUUGCUUAUAAAACAUCACAGCCACCAGCAAGUGAACUACAGGUUCAUGCAAGCACAUACUCCUCCAUUUCAAACUGGGACACAUCUACUUAAUACCCCUGCCUUAAAGUUGUUGGUACAAAGAGGGUGACAGUUUUCAGCCUUAAUUAUCUCGUGAGGGUUCUGUCACAUUGUAAAGAGAUGAAUGAAUGUCAAAAAUGAAAAUGUUAAACAUUUAAAGCCAAACAAAAGAACACCAUUUUAUACAGUACAUAAAAUGGCUUUUGCAAGGCCACAUUACAUUGACACAUUAGUGCUGUGACGUUUAAGCUGUUGGCUGAUCAUGGGCAAACCCGUGAGACAUGUUAAUUGAUAUUUCACUUUCAUCAACAUUGCUGUAAGUAGGUCAUCAUGACGACAGGAGUGACUUCUUCUGCUGUUGGUCUGUCUCUAUUAGGGUUAGGGUCAACUACAUUUGUAUUCAGUCAAUUCCGAAAAUGAGUUUAACUAGCAGCAUAAAUCUCCUCAUAUCAUUUGUUCCCAAAAGCAAUGGACAUAAUGUGCUUAACUCUGAUUGUGGAGUUUAUACUUCAGUCAACCAUUCAGAACUGUAUCAAGACCCUGGUCUUCAUCUGAGGUCUGAACUCCAAACGUCCUCCUGUCUGAAUCAUAUGGUCCUGAUGUUUCUUAUUUUGUCUAUUUAGCAGAACCUCUGUAGUUUUAUACAGGCCCUGUUGAACUAUGUGUAUGUGCUGUGCACAUAAGACCUAAAUUAUGGCAGUUAAU